CAGAGAGAAAGAAGAGAAAGCAGAGAGGGAAAGGCGGCUGGAAUGGAGAGCUGGAACGGGACUGGGAGGGUGAAGCAGAGAGUCGGAGAGACCGAAUAGAGGCUCCGCGCUGAGGGACACGGUGGACCGGAGCCGCGAGCCGCGUCUGUCUGGAGGAUCCUCACCGCGCUCCCCUCUCUCUCUCCCCGGUCUUACCUCGUUUAACCUAAUCGCUGCACACACCGCCUGAGCCGAGCUGCGGAGGGAGUCUGGGGCUAACAACCGGAUCAAAGGGAGCUCAGUAUGAGUCGAGAUGGGUGGAUGAAGAAGCGAGCCAAUGCCAGCGGAGACAAUGGUUGGGCUGAAAGGGGUGGCUACAUGGCUGCCAAGAAGUCGAAGCUGGACGAGCAGUUUAAACUGGACGCCCCCCGAGAGAAGCAGAGAGACGGCUCCUACACCAGCAUCUUCAGCGGCGUGGCUAUUUACGUCAACGGAUACACAGACCCCAGCGCAGACGAGCUGCGCAGGCUGAUGAUGCUGCACGGCGGUCAGUUUCACGUGUACUACUCGCGCUCCAAGACCACUCACAUCAUCGCCAACAACCUGCCCAACAACAAAAUCCAGGAGCUGAAAGGGGAGAAGGUCAUCAGGCCGGAGUGGAUCACCGACAGCGUGAAGGCGGGCCGUCUGCUUCCCUACCUCCAGUACCAGCUGUAUGCUAAGCAGAAGGGGCCGCUGCUCACCGGCCUGACCCUGCGGCAGGCCUCGGACGCGGCGGGGCCGAGCCUUCAGCCCGGCGCGCAUCAGAAGCUUCACCUGGCGCUGCGCAGCGUUCAGCCGUGGAGCCACGAGCAGAACAACGCCGUCCCUGUGCCCGGCCACAGUCGGCCUCAGUGCGGCCAGCACGGCGCCGCAGCGGCUCGCUGUGUUCACCCCCAGAGCGGCCACUCGCCCGCCAGCCUCCUCAUUACUGACCCCAGGCACAGGAGCCCUUUACAACCCCACCCACUGUCCAACCCCAGCUGCACCAAGCUCCCACACAAGUCUCCUCAUCCGGCAGCCCUGCAGGAGGCAGACCUCAAAAUAAAUGGACUCCUGCAGACCUCCGUGGAUAUUAAGAGCCAUUCAAAAAUGAAUGAAAUGCAAAAGUGUGUCAAAGAAGACGCUUGUUCUCCCAGAGCUUCGAAGGCUGUGAAGGCAGCUGCUUUGACCAAUGGACACGCUCACCUCGUAAACGGUGCCUUAAAGCCGGAGGAUCGGCCCUCCGGCAGAGAGAAGCCCUCCGGAGGCAAAGAGCUGCAUGACUGCAGAGUGAGGGGUUCCCAGGAUAAGGCCCAGAAUCCCCUGCAGCCCCAGGCUCAGCUCGACCCCUACGAGUUUCCCCACAGUCCUCCGAAGCCACCAGACGCUUCCUCUGCUGCUCUGGAGCCGUCGGGCUCGGCAGCGGCCGCGGAGCAGACGCCUCCGCCGCCUCCACCCGCCUGCCACCAGGCCCCCGAACCCCGCCCGCCGUCCACGGACCCUCAGCCACGGCUUCAGGUCGACGCCUCCUCAGAGAAGAGUCUUCUGUCCGCCGCUCCUCUCUCCCCCUCUCCCGUUCGACUGAACGGAAGUCACCAUAAAGCCUUUCCCUCCGAUCCUGACCCCGUCAGCCCCGGGAGCACGGCCAGGCCCCACCCCCCCUCUGACAAGUCGAUAUCCUCCUCAUCCUCGUCUUCGGCGCAGCUGCUGGAGCAGACCGGCGGCCUGAUCUCCGAGUUCUACUCUCACUCGCGCUUGCACCAGAUCUCCACGUGGAGGACCGGCUUCUCCGAGUACGUCAACGAGCUGAACAGCAAGCGGAAGGGGGCGGCGAGCGCCUGCUUUCCCGGGAGGGACCGGCUGCGGAGAUGCGUGGCUCAGCGGUCUGCGGACGCUCCAGGAGCGUCGGCACCCGGCAGUGUUAAAUCCUGCAUCCUCCACGUGGACAUGGACUGUUUCUUUGUGUCUGUGGGGAUCAGACAUCGACCUGAGCUUAAAGGGAAGCCCGUCGCUGUGACCAGUAACCGAGGACAGGCCAGGGUGCCCGUGAGGCCCGGCGCCAACGCUCAGGUGGAGCUGCAGUACUACCAGAGGAAAUACAGCCUUCCUCAGCCCGAGAGCGCAGAGGACGAGCUCCACUCCAGUCCCUCGCAGCAGAGUCCGGACUCCCACUGCAACGGGCUGGACCAGGACUCCUCCGCUCUCUCCAUGGCCGAGAUCGCUUCCUGCAGCUACGAGGCCAGGCAGGCCGGGGUGAGGAACGGGAUGUUUUUCGGCAAGGCGAAGCAGCUGUGCCCCUCGCUGCAGUCUGUUCCGUACGACUUCGAGGCGUAUAAAGAGGUGGCUCUGAGCCUGUAUGAGACCCUGGCAGGGUACACCCACGACAUCGAGGCUCUGAGCUGCGACGAGGUGCUGAUCGACGGCUCGGCGCUGCUCGCCGAGGUCGGCGGCAGCCCGGAGGAUCUGGCCAGCGCCAUCAGGGCCGACAUCAAGGAGAAGACGGGGUGCUGCGCCUCCGUGGGGAUGGGUUCCAACAUCCUCCUGGCCCGCCUGGCGACCCGCAAGGCCAAACCCGACGGGCAGUACCUGCUGAAGUCCGAGGAGGUGGACGAUUUCAUCAGGGACUUACCAGUGACCAGUUUACCAGGCGUGGGUCCCGUCAUGGGCCGGAAGCUGGCCGCCACGGGCGUCAGGUCGUGCGGAGACCUCCAGCAGGUGUCGCUCUCCCACCUGCAGAAGAAGUUCGGACCUCGGACCGGACAGACCCUGUUCCGCUUCUGCCGGGGUCUGGACGACCGGCCGGUCCGCUACGAGAAGGAGAGGAAGUCGGUGUCCGCCGAGAUGAACUACAACAUCCGCUUCACCAAGGUGGAUGAAGCGGAGUGUUUCCUGAAGAACCUGUCCAUGGAGGUGCAGAAGCGUCUGCAGGAGGCCAGGCUGCGGGGCCGCAGAGUGACCCUCAAACUGAUGGUCCGCAAGGCGGGGGCGCCGCUGGAGCCCGCCAAAUACGGCGGCCACGGCAUCUGUGACAACCUGGCCAGGACCGUGAUGCUCACCCAGUCCACCGACAGCGGUCAGCAGAUCGCCGCCGCCGUCAUCAAGCUGUUCCACGCCAUGAAGCUGCAGGUGCAGGACCUGAGAGGGGUGGGCAUCCAGGUGCAGUGUCUGGAGGGGAGCCAGUCCACCCCGCAGGGAACCCGCUCCAUCAAGCAGAUGUUCUACGGUCAGGGGUCCAGGGACAAGUGUAUCAUCAGAGAUGUUGACGACACACCCCAGGAGAAUAUUUCCUCCCCGGCUGGCAGCGUGCUGCCCCCUGCUGACCCCGUCCCGGGACCCAGCAGAACGCCCAAAACCUCCCGGAAACGUCUCAACCUGAGCAUUGAAGUCCCCUCCCCCUCGCAGGUGGAUCGCUCGGUGCUGGAGGCUUUGCCUUCGGACCUGAGAGAACAGGUGGAGCAGUCCUGGAUGAAGAGAGAAGGGAGACCGAAUCACUGCCACUCGCCGGCGCCCGCCGCCCGUCCCCCCUCCCCCCCUCGCUCCCCCCUCACGUCCGCCCCGGCGCUCUACACUCCGCCCGCGGGAACGCUGGUCCUGCAGCUCCCCGACCAGCUGGACAGCGCAGGGAUACUCCUGGAACUGCCCAGCUUCUCCCAGGUGGAUCCCGACGUGUUCGCCGCGCUUCCCAAAGAGCUGCAGGAGGAGCUGAAGUCUGCGUACAGUCGCGUCUCCAGCGUCCAACCUCCGGCCAGAACCAGUAACUCGACAGCGGAGCCGAAGAAUCCGCUGCUGCAGCUCAAGCAGUGCGGCGUCGGGCUCGGCGUGGGUCGGGUGAAGCGGCGCUACAAGAGGAAGAACGCCGUCAGUCCCGUGAAGAGCGGGCCGUCGCCCCUGAAGAGGCGGCACCCGGCGGCCGGCAGCCCGGCCAAAAGCCUCCCGCUGCCCGUCAAGACCGAGAACAACCCGUCGACGUCGGCUCCCUCCCAGAACGCCGCGGAGCCGGCGACGAACCGGAACCUCCGGCCCUCCCCGGCGCUGGCGGGAGCCUGUGAGCUGACGGACAUCAAGACGCUGCUGCGGGAGUGGGUGACCACCAUGACAGACCCCAUGGAGGAGGACAUCCUGCAGGUGGUGAAAUACUGCACCGAGCUGAUCGAGGACAAGGACCUGGAGAAGCUGGAUUUGAUUAUAAAAUACAUGAAAAGGAUCAUGCAGCAGUCGCUGGAGUCGGUGUGGAGCAUGGCUUUCGACUUCAUCCUGGACAACGUGCAGGUGAUCAUGCAGCAGGCGUACGGUAGCACUCUGAAGAUCGCCUGAAGACCGGAGGAGCGCGCUUUUUAAUCGUGUGUGUAUGUGUGUGUUUUCAACACUGUCACUGUUUUAGUUUCACAAGCACAUCAUGACAUUAAAGCUCCACGUUUCUCGGUUCUGGAAGCACAAACAGACACGCAGUUUGAGGAAGAGCCGUAGCAGUAUUUCAAUAAACCCUGAACGAUACACACCUUCCUGAAGCAAAACAGUUUUAACAAGUUCUCAAAUCUGUCAUUACGUUCUUUUUGUGUCUGUUUGUUUUGUACAAGACUCCUUUCCAAUCCGUGCGUCAGAUUUUAUCGGAGGACUUCUUGGUUUGUUGCGUUCGUCCUCCAAGGUUUACAUGGUGCCGGGAAUAAACGGCCCGUUCUCAUCAUGCGUGAACUCAAAGCAUUUUUACAAUCUGUUCGUCUUGUAGCACUUUUCUUAUGACAUGUGUACGAUAAUCUCCAAAAGCUAUUUGUACUUGUUUUGGUUAACGAUUGAUUUGGUGCUUCUCGCCACUCGCACUUACCUGUGAAGUAUUUCAAACUACUGACGGCAGUAGUCUUUUUUGUGUGUUUUUUCAGCAAACAAAAAAAAAGAAAAGAAGUGCCAAACUUGGUUAAUGUGUAAAUAAUGUUUUUAAAUAUCCUUGUUAAGAGUUUAAAAGAAGAAGAAAAAAAGUAUGUUUGGGGAAAUACCUCCUGUACUGUUUACCUGUAGUGAAUUCUUAGUAACUGUCUUUAAAUUGUAAUUCUUUACGCUCUUCAAUCGUCUCAACAUGGAAAUAGAAAUCUGGCCAAAGUACUUGGUAAGAGGUGAACCGUUGAUUCUCAGUAGCGCUCGGAUGUACGUGCACAGUGACGGGGGUGAUGGCAGUCAAUACGUAGCCUAUGCAUUUCCUCUUUCCUUUCUUCUUCUUAUCAAACGAGAUGUCACUUCAACAUAAUGUCAGCUUUCAUGAACAGUUUUGAAAUCUGCUGUGAGAGUUAUCACGGGCGUGAUGGUUGGAUCCUGGGUGGAUCGGGUGGUCCGGCCGGCUCCACGUGCGUGCAGCAGCGGCGUUUUGAGGAAUCUCCCUAUAUGCAAACCAAAUCAGUCUCUCUUCUUUUUCAACCUGUUGACAUGAAUGUAAUUCAGAAUGUGUGAGUCUCCGCUCACUUUCGAGAGGUUGCUUCUCUUCACUUGUCCAAUAUGGCCAGACAUUAAAAGUGGCCAGUCCUGUCUUCUCUGAGCUGGCUUGUGCCUGAAGACCUCAAGCUGUGAACUUGUUUGUACGUUUUUCUAAAUCUUGGUAAUAAACUGUAAACUCUG